AAAUAUUUCGUUAAUUUAUUUCUUUUAUUAUGAUUAUAAUUUCAUUGAGAAAAUUAUUGAAAUCGAGAUAUUGUCAAACGAGAGGUUUAAAAGUAGCAUCCGCAGGGCAAACACCUGCUGAAUAUUGUUUACAUUUAGUAAGAAACAAUGAUUUUGAGAAUUUUUUGUGUACAUUAAUUUUGCCAAAAAUUUUGAGAUCCACUGCCUUUGCGAUUCGAGCUUUCAACACAGAAAUAGCUACGAUUCAAGAUCAAAUUACAGACAAUAGGUACGGCUUAUUAAGAAUUGAAUUUUGGACAGAUACUUUGAACAAUAUCUAUAAUGACAAGCCAAUAGAACAUCCGACGUCCUUAGAACUAUAUAGGGUGAUGCACAAGAAGAAGUUGUCUAAAUAUUAUUUUAAACGUUUAAUCGAGUCUCGAUCCAAUCAUAUAAAUUCCUCUACUUUUACAAGUUUACAGUCAAUGGAAAAUUAUGCCGAAAAUUCAGUCUCUACUAUUUAUUAUUUGCUUUUAGAAGCAGGCGAAAUACAGGAUAUAAAAACAGAUCAUUUUGCGAGUCAUUUGGGCAAAGCCCAUGGUAUCGUGACUUUAAUCAGAUCCGUGCCUCAUAAUACAGAGAGGAGAAUCAUUAAUCUACCGCAAGAUGUACUCAUGAAGCAUGGGAUCUCUAGCGAAUCGGUGCUUCAAAAAAAAAGUACUAACAAAUUAAAGGACGUGAUUUAUGAGAUUUCUACUAAAGCUAAACAACAUUUAAAUAAGGCUUUAUCUCUGCAAAAUCAAAUUAAAAAUGAGUCUCGCAUAAUUUUUUUGCCAUAUAUUUUUAUUAAGGAUUAUCUCGACAAUUUAGAAAAAGCAGAUUUUGAUGUUUUUCAUCCCAAAUUGCAAGAACGAAACGACUUACUAGUAUUCAAAUUACUUUGGAAAAAAUUAUCUCUUCAAAUAAACAAGUCCUCUCGUUUUAACUAACAUAAAAUUUAAAAUUAUUAUUUAUACAACGUUGAAAAAUUAAUAUAUUG